AUGGCCUCGGCAACCUCACUCGACACCUCCCUCCCUACCACCAGCGAGCCCCCCGCCUCCCCAACCACUACCUCCGCACAAACCCAAUUCCCGCCCAUCAACAUCGGCACCCGCAGUUCAACACUUGCGCAAAUCCAAGCCCGAUGGGUUGAAGAUCUUCUGAAGCGCGCACACCCGCACCGGACCUACAGAAUCUGUCCCGUCCUAGCGCAAGGCGAUAAGGACAAAGUGACGCCGCUGCAGCAGUUGAGCCAGGGCGAGAACGCGAAGAGUCUCUGGACGGGCGAAUUGGAGGCCAUGUUGGAGCAAGGGGAGGUGGAUCUCAUUGUGCAUUGCUUGAAAGAUAUGCCAACACAACUCCCACCCAGUCUGACUCUAGCCGCCAUCCUCGAACGCGAAGACCCUCGCGACGCCCUCAUCGUGUCUCCCAAACUGCCCAAGACAACGACGCUCCACUCCUUUCCCGCCGGUUCCACGAUCGGCACCUCCUCCGUCCGCCGUGCAGCGCAACUACGCAGGCUCUACCCAUCGUUUAAAUUUGCCGACCUGAGAGGAAAUGUAGGCACGCGGUUGGCCAAAUUGGACGCGGAAGAUAGCCCGUUCGCGGCGAUCAUUCUCGCCGCGGCAGGGUUAAAGAGACUAGGUAUGGAGGACCGGAUAACGCAAUACUUAAGUUCGGAUAGUGGAGGCAUGCUGCAUGCUGUUGGCCAGGGAGCGCUAGGUAUUGAAAUUCGGAAAAACGACGAGAAGAUAAAAGAGAUGGUGGAGGCAAUCAGUUGCGAGAGGACGACACGGGCAUGCUCCGCUGAGCGAGCUCUGCUCAGGGCGCUGGAGGGCGGAUGCAGUGUACCGAUCGGUGUGGAGACGACGUGGAGAAAGAAGAAGGGCCUGGCGACGGGGAUAGAGCCGUCAUUGGAUUAUGAUAAGCAUGGGAAGGCCGUGGAGGAGCCGGUGGAUCUGAAUGAGCAGGAGUUGGUGCUAAAGACACUGGUUGUGAGUGUUGAUGGGAAAGAGUCGGUCGGCUACGAGGCAGCACGGAAGGUCAGGUCUGCGGAGGAGGCGGCGCAGUUGGGGAGAGAUGUGGCGACGGUUUUGCUACAAAGGGGUGCAGAUAAGAUAUUGGAGAAGAUUAGUACGGAGAAGCAGUGGGCGGCGAAGAAGCAGCUCGAAGAGCUCAAGGUGCAGUCAUGA